UGGCUCCAAAAUAUUGAAUGAAAUCACUAUAAAUGCAUAACAAUGCGCAUCUUAUAAAAGUGCAAUGUGGUCAAUAUUUCGUUUAUUGUUUUGUAUUGACGUAAAGUGCAAUCAUGGCAGGAUCCAAUUUUAUCCGUGACUGCAUUUUGGGUUGAAUGGCACAAUUGUUAACAGAGAGGCAAAACGAGCAGGCAUCAGAAGGACUUGACCGUGUCUUAAGUGGGACACGGUAAGCGCGCCUGCAUGUGAGGAGGAAAGUGUACGAAAGAGCGCACAUGUCACUGCGCUUGUCCGCAGAGACGCGCUGAAGCCGCGGGAGCACGCAGCCCUCAAUCCGCGAGGUUGGGUCUUCUUAUUUACAUGCAAACAACGGGACUAAAGGUUGGUCGGUGUCCUGGAUGCUGAAUGCGUGGACCGGACGCAAUUUUUCUCAAGAAUUUUGGAAAUACAGUCAUUGCUUUGGUGUGGACGAGAUUUGAGCGACAUUAUCACGUAUGUGGAUGGCGGCUUGCUGAUGACCUCACUGAGUGGACAGCUGAUCUUUGAAACUGCACAGGUUUGGUUACACUGCGGAAUUGAGUUACUGUUACCCGUUGAGCACAGAAGCCCAAACUAUGUCAAAUCCAAUUUGCCAAGUCAAAGGGCUCAUCUCAGCCCCUGAGGGGCUCAACCUUGAGAGGAACCUUUUUUAUCAUUCAUCAGAAGAUAAAAACAUUCAGCUGCAGAUAAGCCUGGAGACAUGUUAACAAACAGUUAUGAAAUAGCUGUUUCCCUGCAAUAUGACUUGAAUGAACACUCCCGACACAAUCAGGGAUGGAUGACAUGAACUUCACAACGGUCAUGGACAGCGGCCUAUCGGAAGAGGCUUCCUCAAGUCGAGUUCUGACUGGCUGUUUCCUCUCACUGCUUAUCCUCACCACACUGCUGGGCAACACGUUAGUGUGCGCUGCAGUCACCAAGUUCCGCCACCUGCGCACCAAAGUCACCAACUUUUUUGUCAUCUCGCUGGCAGUGUCGGAUCUCUUGGUGGCCAUCUUGGUGAUGCCUUGGAAGGCAGUCAGCGAGAUCGCCGGUUUCUGGCCGUUCGGCUCCUUCUGUGACACCUGGGUGGCCUUCGACAUCAUGUGUUCCACAGCUUCCAUUCUCAACCUGUGCGUGAUCAGCUUGGACCGCUACUGGGCAAUCUCCAGUCCCUUUCGCUACGAACGUAAAAUGACGCCCAAAGUAGCGUUCGUGAUGAUCAGCGUCGCAUGGACGCUGUCUGUUCUUAUUUCCUUCAUUCCAGUACAGCUCAACUGGCACAAGGCUCAAACAACAUCUUUCAGCUCACUUUCCUCCCCCACCUCAGGACUUCUAAGAUCAAAUGUCACGUCAGAGAAUUGUGACUCCAGCCUGAACAGAACCUACGCCAUCUCUACCUCACUCAUUAGCUUCUACAUCCCCGUCGCCAUCAUGGUUGUCACCUACACCCAAAUCUACCGCAUCGCGCAGAGGCAGAUCAGGAGGAUCUCUGCUUUGGAGCGAGCGGCUGAGAGCGCCAAGAACCGACAUGACAGCAUGGGAGGAGGCUCCAGCAUCGCUGAAUCGGAGAACUCCUUCAAGAUGACCUUCAAGAGAGAAACUAAGGUUCUAAAGACACUGUCUGUGAUCAUGGGCGUGUUUGUGUGUUGCUGGCUCCCGUUCUUUGUGCUCAACUGCAUGGUGCCCUUCUGCGAGCAGUCGAGCGGAAGAGAGGCUUUCCCCUGUGUCAGCCCCACCACCUUUGAUGUGUUCGUGUGGUUCGGAUGGGCCAAUUCCUCCCUCAACCCCAUUAUCUACGCCUUCAAUGCAGAUUUUCGCAAGGCCUUCUCCAUCCUGCUGGGAUGCCACAAACAAUUUCCAGGAGGCCACAACAUCGAGACAGUUAGUCUAAACAAAAAAUGACUCACGACUCGUUCACAGCACUGACUCAUCUGCGGAGGGUUACAAGCGUCCCCUGUUAAAGCCAGUUUGAUGAUUGCCUUCAAACCGAGAUGCUGCUUUGUGUGUGUUAGAUUGACUGAAGGGAUGACCUUACAUGUAUCCUGGUUGUCCUGGGAAAGUGGCCUGACUCCAGGCAGACUGUCACAGGAAACACGCUUACUUCAUGUCUUUGGAUGGCAAGAGAAAGCUAGAUGAGAGGAGGGGAUUUGGGGAUUGAGAUUAAGACUCUUUGCUUCUAUGCCAGGGAGCGCCACAGUACCGAGAGACCCACGGACUAGAUAAUCCCAUGACUGGGCAGCGUGCACCAUAAUGCUGCCAAACACUGCUCGCUUCGUCACCAUCACACACACAGUGUACAGCAGCGUGUUCACCAUGCCAGAGAGACAGCAUAGAUUAAAAAAAAGUAUGUCAGCAACCUGCAUCUACAUUGGGAAAACAUUACAGUGAAAACACAAUUCACCAUUUAAGCACUGAUUUAACAAUACGUGUUCUUUUUAUUCGAACUGAGCUGGAUGUGUCCUUUUGCUCUCACCCAGAAUAUAAUUCAUGUCCCAUUUGUAUUUUUAUCAUACUCGCUACUCUGUUUGACGUGUUUUUUGUUUUGAUUUUUUACGUUUUAAACAUGUCUUACACUGGUGUCUAUUUUAUGGAAAAAGCAAAGAAAACUGGGACUUUACUUUGUCUUUUGUGUUUUUCUAUGUGGUCUAAAACAAAAUUAUAUUCCAACCAUUAAUGUCUUAAAUGGCUUAUAGUAAACAAAUAAACACUAGUUUUGGAUUAUUACAACUUGGUUUUACUUUCAUAUAAGCAUCACUAAAGUAGACUAUGUCAACUUCAAGAAAAAAAUGACUUGACUAUAAUAUUUAGUUCUAGAGCAAAAGAAAUACAGUGAAACCCCAUGUUUUUCACAGUUAAUGGGGACCAGAACCAGCCGUAAUAAGUGAAAAACCGCAAAGUGGCGCCCCCCACCUCAAAAAGAAAAAAACUUUUUUUUUUUUUGGUGUGUUCAAUGUAUUUAUUCAAAUGUAGCAUUGGAAAGAGAUAGCAUACAUACAAGACAUGUUGUUUCACUUUUUCCCCAAAGUAUAAUUAAAAAAACAUAUGUACAUGUAUUUUUUUAAUAAAUGGUUUUUAAGAACCUCAAAUGUAAUAAUUAUACAUUUUAAACAUGUCACUGUCCCACUGAUUUAUUUUUAAACAAGAAUAAAGUAGAAAAAUGCUUGUCUUUAUUAAAUGCUAAAUUGAGUGAGUCCACUCAAAUCUGCUCAAGCUGCUCACUUACACACAAUGAGUUGCCACAGCAACUGUUUAACAAGUUAAAUGAUGUUUGACACAUGCAGCACUUUGAAGCUUUGGCUUUCGUGCAUCUGUGGCAUGAUCAACAUAAAAAAUCUGUCAAUCAUCGUUAACUUUAAUAAGCAACUCCAGUGAACUGCCUGACCAACAAAGAGCAGCAAGAGGCAGAGGGAGACUAGGGCCAUGUCCACACGUAGCAGGGUAUUUGGCAACAAGAAAAUAUUUUUCUACAGUUUGGCCUAUCAUCCACACGCACACGCACAUGUAAACCAGGGUUCUCAAGAACGACGGGGAAAGUGAAGAAGUGUGAAUUCUGCAUUUGUGGCGCAAUCAUGUGGACACUGAUAACCGAAGAUUUAACUGUGGAAACGUCACUGACUGCGACAAACUUUGUCCUCACGUCACAUAUGAGACCAAUGUUUACAUUUGGAGUAAAUUAAACAUGCGCUUUUUUGCUUUUUUUUUUCACAAACCAUUGCUGUGCUUUUUGUUGAAGAAUUGGUAUUAUGGACCAUUAUGUUUAUUGUUAUGAAUGUACUUAAAAAUGAAUGAAAGCG